AUGGGCAUGGCGCCUAGCAAUGAUGGGGGCACUGGCGGUGGACUUCCCGCGCGGCAGAAGAAGGACUUCUCACCAAAUCGCAAGACCCUGUUCUACGACGGCCCUGAUAUCUUGGAGGAAAUUGAGGAGGACGCCCAUACGCGAGCUCGGACCGACGCUUUGAGCCAUCUGCGCAGCAGGCUCUCGCCAUCCAGGUCCCCGCCUCGGAUGCCGCGGUCGCCACCGCCCCGAAGCCCCUCACCCUCUGCCUGGAUGACAGUGGAAGGGCAUGGCGUAGUGCCCUUCGCUCCGGAUGGCCUCUUGGCAGUUUUGGCGCUUCUGUUAAGCGCCCAGAGGAUGUUGAUUGGGCAUGGAGGUCUUGUUGUGGUCUUGAACUGA